AAAAAUAAAUAAAACACAGUGAAGAAGGUAAAGUAAAGAAGUUGUUUUUGCUUUCUUUUGGUUUGUGUGGUUCAUUCAUUCGUUCAUCUCUGAGUCUUCUUCUUUUUCUGCUGAGGUAAAGGAACGAACACUCUUCAUCACCGCCAUAAUCUAUUUUAUCUCUCAGAAGAAGAAUCCGACCGACGUGGUUCAAUAUCAAGCUCUCACCUUGGAAAACAAUGGUUUGAGUUUCCGGGGAUGGUGAAAUUCGCAGGUUAUUUGGUGCAUGGCUUCUUGUUAUUUAUUAUCUGGUUAUCAAGCUUCCAAGAAGUAGCUUCUCAGUAUAAAUUUAAUGACCACAGUAGCAAAACCACUACCUUUGAGUUAGCAAAUCCACCUGGUACUGGAGUAUCCGGUCCCAUUCAAGUAUCACCUUCCGUCAUCCCCAAAUACGAAUCCCCUCCUCUACCCUGGACACCACCAAUGUACCCUACUUUCCCUGAUACAUACCAACCGAAGCUAACCGGUAAAUGCCCCGCAGACUUCCAAGCAAUCUCAGCUGUUAUAGAUACAGCAGCCUCUGAUUGCUCCCAGCCGUUUGCAGCACUUGUCGGAAACGUGAUAUGCUGUCCACAGUUCGUUAGUUUGCUUCAUAUCUUCCAAGGACAGCACAACUUGAAGAAGUCUGAAAAGUUGGUUGUACCUGAUUCAGUUGCUGCAGAUUGUUUUUCGGAUCUUGUUAGUAUCCUCGUCAGCAAAAGAGCCAACAUGACAAUACCUGAGCUUUGUUCUGUAACGUCUUCGAAUCUCACUGGGGGUUCUUGUCCUGUGCAAGAUGUGGCAGGGUUCGAGAAAGCUGUUAACGGUAGUAGAUUACUUGACGCGUGUCGCACUGUUGACCCUCUUAAAGAGUGUUGCAGGCCGGUUUGCCAAGGUGCGAUUAUGGAAGCUGCGCUUGCUAUCUCUUCAGGAGGAUCAAACAACAACGUCAACGCCCUUAACGACUGCAAGAAUGUGGUGUUUUCGUAUGUCUCAAGGAAGCUUCCUGCUGACAAAGCAAACGCAGCGUUUAGAAUAUUAUCGUCUUGCAAAGUCAACAAAGCUUGCCCUUUGGAGUUUAAGGAGCCAACGGAAGUGGUCAAGGCUUGCCGUAAUGCGGCUGCUCCAAGCCCUUCUUGCUGUAGCUCGUUGAAUGCGUAUAUUUCUGGGAUACGUAACCAAAUGCUGAUAACGAACAAGCAGGCCAUAGUCUGCUCAACAGUCAUCGGUUCUAUGCUACGGAAAGGUGGUGUCAUGACAGAUAUCUAUAAGCUUUGUGAUGUCGAUCUAAAAGAUUUUAGUGUCCAAGCAGCAUAUGGAAUGCAACAAGGUUGUCUUCUCAGAAGCUAUCCUGCAGACUUGAUAUUUGACAACACAACAGGGUACAGUUUCACAUGUGAUCUGACGGAUAAUAUUGCUGCGCCGUGGCCAUCUUCAGCGUCAGUGUCUUCUUUGUCUCUCUGUGCUCCUGAGAUGUCAUUACCUGCCUUGCCAACAUCGCAGCAGACCCAUAUAAAUCACGGGUUUCACGAUGAGGCGUUUGGAGCGUUGCGUCUCAUUAUUAUUUUGGUCUCUGUGGUGUAUGGUGCUGUGAGACAUCAAAAUGAGAUUUAGGAGGUUUUGUUUUUUUUGUAGUUAGUGAGGACUGAGGACUUUGGAUAAAAACAGUGGCAAGCUCAUUUUUUUAUUUUUUUUUCUUCUGUAUAUGUUUUGUUGUUAACAGGGUAAGGGAUGAUCCAGUAAUAUAUCUUCAAAAUACUGAUUUCAGCGUGAUAUAAUUUAUUUUAAAACAUAAUUGUUGAUCAA